UGACUUAAGCAACCCAAAGAUGACACACUUUUCUUUCCAGGAGCUUCGAUCUUCGGCCAAAGAAAAUAAGAAGGUACUCAGAUCUCCAAGAUGACGCUCAGGAGGCGCUGGGCGUCCCUGUCUUGGAUGUGGUUACUCCUCACCGUGGGCCAGUCGCAAAGGGCGGACGAUGACAAGCCUAAUAUCGUCCUGAUAAUGGCAGACGACCUUGGGAUUGGAGACCUGGGCUGCUAUGGAAACGACACCAUCAGGACCCCCAACAUCGACAGCUUAGCCAGAGAUGGUGUCCAACUGACCCAGCACAUCGCCGCCGCCUCCCUGUGCACCCCAAGCCGGUCCGCUUUCCUCACGGGAAGGUACCCGAUCCGAUCAGGAAUGGUUUCCAAUGGAAACGACCGGGUCAUCGUCUCUCUCGCGGCCCUUUCUGGACUCCCGCGUAACGAAACCACAUUUGCACACCUGGUCAAGGAGCAGGGAUACAGCACGGCGAUCAUCGGGAAAUGGCAUCAGGGCUUAAACUGUCACUACCGAAAUGACCAUUGCCGCCAUCCGUCUCACUAUGGGUUCGAUUACUUCUACGGCAUGCCGUUCAGUCUGUACGACACGUGCUGGCCCGACCCUUCCCGGGACGCAGAAUUAGCCAUCAGCGGCCGACUCUGGUUCUGUGUGCAGCUGGUCGCCGUGGCUGCGCUCACCCUCGCUCUCGGGAAACUCGGGCGCGUGCUCUGCGUUCCCUGGGCCCUCAUCCUCUCCCUGGUCCUAUUCAUCCUUCUCCUGGGCCACUUCUGGUUAGACAGUUACCAGUCGACCCUGUACUGGAAUUGCCUCCUCAUGAGGGAGCAAGAAAUUACCGAGCAGCCCAUGAAGGCGGAAAGGGCUGGGUCCAUCAUGGUGAAGGAGGCGAUUUCGUUUUUAGAAAGGCACCGCGAAGGACCCUUCCUCCUCUUUUACUCGUUUCUUCACGUCCACACGCCUCUCCCCACGACCGACGACUUCAUUGGCACCAGCAAGCACGGCUUAUACGGGGACAACGUGGAGGAGAUGGACUUCUUUGUGGGCAAACUCCUUGCUGCCAUUGAUGAUUUGGGGCUGAGGAAUCACACGCUUGUCUACUUCACGUCAGACCACGGGGGACAUUUGGAGGCCAGGCUGGGCCACGCCCAACUGGGUGGAUAUAAUGGGAUAUUCAAAGGAGGCAAAGGCACGGCCGGUUGGGAAGGCGGGAUCCGGGUGCCCGGACUUUUCCGAUGGCCCGGAAAAUUGCCCGCCGGAAACGUCAUUGAUGAACCUACCAGCUUGAUGGAUAUCUUGCCAACGGUAGCGGCGUUGACCGGAGGCAUCGUCCCUCAGGACAGGUGA